AUGCCUCAGGUGGAAACAUAUUCAUCAAAAAUUCUUUCAGGCGUUGGUAUCCUGCUCUCCCCACUUCGAUCAUUCCUUGACCAUCCCCAUGCCAUCCCCUACGGACUGUCCCUGCUGCUUUAUACCGCUGUCCAGGCCCAUCUCUUCCCGGCAAUCAUGGUAUUUGCCUCAAUCCGGCUGCAUUUUAGUGCGUUUCAAAAUGGCCUGCUUGUGUCCAUUGCUGCUGCGUGUGCCAGUGUGUCUCUUUUCCUUAAAGUAUUCAUCAUGCCCCGCGUGCGAUGGCUAAGGCUGAACUCAGAGAGGCCUACAGACAGCACUGCUAUACUCGCAGCACUAGUCAUACAGAUGCAUGCUCUCAUCGGCAUCACACAAGUACGGAAUGCUGGUCAACUAUACCUAGCUGUCUCCGUUGCAGCCGCAGGGCUAGCUCUGCCAGCGUUCUUCAAGGGCCAUUUUGUUUCACUCACGCCAGAUGCAUCGCGAGCGAUCUCGGCAUUGACUUUUAUGGAGAAUCUUGGAGGUUUAGUGUCGCCAUUCGUACUUGGAAGCUGGCAGUCUUUUGCUCCAGGACCUUCUGUAUUUAUCUUUGCGGUUGCGGUACUGGGGGUAAGCCUAGGGUUGUUUCUUUGGGGAGAAGUACUUCGCUUCAUUACACCAACUGCACAACAGAGCGAUGAUUGA